AUGAAUGAUCUGCAGAGGAAGAAAAGGUGGAGGGCCCUCAAGCAGCGUUUUGAUGCUUUGCUUGAGGGCAAGGGUGAGGGUGAGGUUGCAUACAACCCCAGAGACCAUGCAUGGUGUCUCUGGGUGCAUAGCAACCUUGAUGGAACUGUCUACACUCAGGUGUAUGACCCCAACCUGCCCCAUCUCCCCUACUGUGAAGGCCCCCCUCCUGAGCCUACAAGUGCUGCAAUCCAAUGGAUCCCCCUCCCCCUCUCCAACUUCUCCCCUCUCAUCCCCAAGCAAGAUCUUCAUCCAAGCAUUAAAGCCGGUGAAGAUCUGGGAAAGUGCAGCCCCACAAGAUUCAAUCCCCAGGACAAAAUGUGGGAGUGGGUCCGGGAGUUUGGUGGUUGGCCAGGCAGCAUUGAUCCCUGGUGGAUCAAGAUGCUUGUGGAGUUGCACGACCUCUACAUGUGGGCCAUGAAGCAGGAACUCGACGCCCUGCCCCCCUCCCUUGCCCUCAAGAAGUUCUUCAGCAAGCCUGAAGACUUCUGGGGCUUUUCAAUAGCCCAAAAAAUGCAUGAUCUCAUGGAGAUCAUGAUGUUCAAGUAUGCAUGCUUUGUCUGGCUGCAUACUCAGGCAAAAGUUCAAACUCUCACCAGUCUCUUUUGGUACCUGCAAGCAAGCAUCAAGCAUGGGCAGUGGGUGUUGCCAGACAUCCUCCCCUCUAUCAAGAACUUCAUUGGAGUUCUUGACACUCUGGAACUCCCAGAAGGCAUCAGGAUGCGAAUCAUCACUGAUGGCAUCCCAAUCCUUCACCCAGUCAUUCAUCAAGAUGUGAUCAAGUCCAAUCCAAUGGCAAUUGUGCCUUGGAAGGACGAAAAUCUCACACUUGCCUGGGUGAAAGAAGAGCACAAGAGGCUCUAUGACAUUCAUAUCAUGAAGGGCCACCCCAAGUUCAACAUCAAAGUUAACUAUGUCAAACCAAAUGCAAAGUCGAAAACACAAGCUCAACAAGGCUUGUGUGUGAACAAGAGUGCUCAUAAAUCUGGCAAGAAGAAAAUUGUGGAGGAGUACAAGGACUUCCCCAUCACUUUGGCCUUCAAAGCUGCCAAAAUCAAACUGGGAGAAGUCCCAGUUGAUGCUGAAGAGCUGCUGUGUGCCCUGCAACAGUGGGAACAGCAGCAGCAGCAACAGCAGCAGCCCUCCCUGCUCAUCCUCAGCAACUCCCCUAAUCCCUACUUCAACAACCCUCCCUCCUACCUCUUUGCACUCUCUCCAGAAUGGCAAGGAGGUGCCCCUUCCUCUCCCCCUCCCCCUCCUGCUCCCUCCACUCCCACUCCCACUACUCCCCCUCCUUGCUCUCCCACUCCUCCCCCUCUCUCUCCCCCAAAGCCCAAAAAUGUUUACUCCUGGUUGAACCUGGCACAUCGCAAGAUUAUCUUGGUGAAGGCUCAUGCCAAGCAUGCUGGGGAAGAAUACAUCCCCCCAGCUGAAGACGAGUUUGACACAAUGGCACAAGCAAGUGCCUUAGCAGCAGAGGAAACACUCACUGCAAUUAACAAGGCACUUGGGGAGUAG